AUGCCAUUUUCUAUGCCGUCGCCCCCGCCUCAGGGGAGACCGGACCAACCGCCUCCUCACCAUCCCUUCAGUGCGGCCUUCUUCCUUCAACAGGGAAGCGGGCCAACAGGGGGAAGGGACUUCUUCCCUGGACACGGUGUCGCCGGUGACCAUCAGCCUGAACAGCAGCUUCCGCCUUUGUGUCUGUACAGCAGCGAAGACGCAGCUCUUCAGGCGACUACGGACGAUGCCGCCAGCAGCAAGUUGAGUGCUGUUCUUCUGAACUACUACCGCGAUGACUCUCUCCCCUUCUUCGUCAAAAAACGAACAAGAAGAGCCCCACUCAUCAACCGAGGCUAUUAUUCUCGCGUGGCGGCGAUUCGCCAGCUUCUGGCGAUUUUCGUCGCGGAUAUCUGCUCCCAGAACACAAAAGUGCACAAUCUCCACCGUGGUCAAGGCCAGUCGCCCACUGCCUCAGUGUUGUCGCACGCGCUGGACAUCGAGAGACGAGCUGCUGGAAACGAGAAGGGCCCUCUGCCGGCUGAGUGGCCCAUCGACAAUCCCCCGGUCCAAUUUCUAAGUUUCGGCGCCGGCAUGGACACCUUAUACUUCUGGUUAGCUGAACGAUACAGGAACAUCAGAAUGUUCGAAGUGGACUUCAAAGACGUCGCUGCGGUCAAAGCGAGCAUCCUACGCCACAACACAGAACUCUGGAGGAAAAUCGCGCCGUCAGCGCCCACCGACACGCAACAGGGCGUGGCGGGAGAGGAUGAUUGCAUCAACACUGAGACGUACGCUCUGAUCGGAGCUGACUUGCGAGACAUACAGAGCGUCGCAGCUGAACUCCAAAAGAGAGGAUUUCGUGACGACGUUCCGACGUUCUUCCUCAGCGAAUGCGUUCUCGUCUACAUGAACACCUCCGAGGCUGACGCGGUCCUCCGCUGGGCUGCGCAGGCCGUGACAUCCGCGCCCAGUGCCGUUGCGGUGUACGAACAGUUGAACCCGACAGACGCCUUCGGCCGAACAAUGGUGAAAAAUCUGCAGACGCGCGGCUGCCCUCUCAUGACGAUCUUCGACUACCCUACUCUCGAAUCACAGAAGCAGAGAUACCUCAAUCUCGGCUGGACCGCCUCGUCCGUGGUUGACAUGAACACGAUCUACGACAAAUUCUUGCCUCCUCAAGAGAGGCAGCGCGUCCAGCAACUGGAACUGUUCGAUGAACUGGAGGAAUGGCGACUCAUUCAGGCCCACUACUCGAUCGCGGUCGCUGUCCGUGACCCUGUGCAGGUAGGGCGAAGAGACGCGAACCAGGGAGGGGCAACGCGCACCGAGGCAGCACUGCUCUGUGUAUGCCGUGUUCGUCGUAGACUGGCGUCUGCGUGA